GAAUAAAACGUAAAGUUGAAGGAGAAGAUACAUGGAUCCAAGCAAAAACAAAGGUAGUAAAUAUGAGACUACCAUCAACUUAUUCUAAAACAUGUGAAUAUGAUCCUGAUGCAAUGUGCAAUUACCAACCAAAUGGUUCAAAAAUUCCAAUAUCUAUAUGUCAUCACAUCUUUGGAAAUUUCAAAAGUAAACUUUCAGCAAAGGAAAUUGAUAUUAGAGAUUAUAAAAUAAGUGGAGAGGGGGGUCAAUGUACUCUUUUGAUAUUAGAAGCAGAUAAUGAACUUGGAAUGGGAGGAAGUGAUCCACACAGACAAGUUUGUGGCUCUUAUGGAAAAUAUAUUUCAAUAGUGCCAGACUGUGAAAGAUAUCUUAAUCCUUGUUUCCUUUUGCAUCUUGCUGGGCCAUGGCUUGGAAUCUCUG